AUCGCAUUUCAUUCGCUACUAAAACAGUGGCUGCGCUCGAUUGUUUAUUACAUUGAAAUAGUACUGUUCUCGUGAAACAUUAUAUUUUCAGUUAAGAGCAAAAAAAUAUUUCAAACGCUCAUAAAUGAACAUCAAAACAAGGAUAAAGCGAGGUUUUUACACCGAUUUACCUGGAGUAUCCGUCGCGUGCGAGAUGAACUUAGUUAUAAAGUAUUUAUUUACUUAGAAGGAGUAUAUACAAGUUAAUAAGGUAUUUGCUACACUAAACGAACACUGACUUUUUGAUAGUGUUUAUGUGUACAAAUAGAUAGAUAUAUAUACGCACACAUAGUUUUGUAAGUUUCGUGCGUAACAAAAAGUAAAUGGAUAAAGUGUUGUUUCAUACCUGUAUUUUAUAUCAGGAUUUAUAGACAAUGUCAUAAAUUAUUAUAUCUUCAUGUCUCAAUCUAUAUACAUCUUGUUUAUGUACAAGAAAUACGGUUGAUGUACAAGAAAUACGGUUGAUGUACAAGAAAUACGGUUUGUGUACAAGAAAAACGGUUUGUGUACAAGAAAAACGUAUAUUUAAUAUCAGUGACACGAAAAUUUUAAUUGGAGCACAUUGUUUUUAAGUUGAUUUGUAUGUUUGGCAAUACAUAAACAACUGUUUUGAUCAAAAGUUUUAUGGAAAGUCAAUGAUAAAAUAAUAUAUUAUUUUAAUACAUUUUGGACGAUAUAUAAGGAAUCAUGGACGUGUGGCAUGUCCUAACUUCCCUGACUGUAUGGAGUGUACUGUGUCAUAUUAUAGAUGCUGGAAUCACGUGCGAAUGUACGACGUUAGAUUGUCAGGCUGAACGAAGACGGACAUGUGAAGCGGAGUUUUUCUGUUACGUUGAAAACAUGAACUCAGUGGUGACUCGGGGAUGUAUAAAUAACAAGACACCGUUACUGUGCGAAAACCGGAAGCCAACAAAACUAAAAUCUGGGGAUUACCCAGAAUGGCCGUUCUUGUUCUGCUGUAAGGAUGAAUUCUGUAACAAGGAAGUUGUUCCGAUUAAACCAACAAGAGAGCCGGUUGUUGAACCGGAAGUGUAUGACGUCAAUGAUGACUCGGACACAAACAACCCGUACGUUAGAUAUGAGUAUGAAGAUAGAGUGCCGUGUCAAAAAAAUAAUGAUCACUCAAAACUCAAUCCUAUAUACAUUGCCGUGCCGAUAGCCGGUGUUUGCGUUCUUUUAGCACUCAUUAUAUUUGCAAUGUAUUUAUUAAGAAGACGUACGGACUUCUAUGCUCAGUAUGACGCAUAUCAUUAUCAUGAACAGAUGGCAAAGUUAGCCAAUAAACAAAAUGAAACAAAAGUUCAGGGUUGUGAUACAAACAGAUGCACGGACAGUGAACGGUCUUCGCAAGGAAGUGAAACUAAAUUAUUCUUAAAUGCAUGAUGUCUGCAGUAUCAUUAACAAAAAAGUGAGAUCAAAAUGAUUUGACGUUUGCUUAAAUCAUGUAUCGCUCGAGGAUACCGCUCCACUAUAUCAGGCACUUCCGGAAUAAAGCGUCAACACGCUUAUGCUGUAAGCCAGCACCGACAUUCGGAGAUACUCUAAUGCCAUCGAGGAUCAUUGUGGAGUCAUUGAGGACACCUCUUAAUGCUCUACUUCAGCGUUUUAAUGCAUUUGUGUAUGUUAUGAGAAAUGUAGGGGACAUUCUGUAUUGAUUAUCCCACAUGUGUUUACAAGUUUUCAUUACAAACAGAUAUAAACAUAUUACAAAUGUGUUAUUUUUAAAGCAAAAGGAUAUGCUGCUUUUAAAUGAGAUUAUUGAUAAUGUACAUGUUUGGCUCGUAAAUUGAUUUGUUUUGAAAACUUUGUAAGAUAUGAACUAAAAUCAGGGUUUUUAUUUCGGCCUUCGUAUUAAUGUAUUUAUGCUCAGGGAUGUUUAGUCUUGUAAAUAGCCACAUUAUUUUGUCUCAAACUCACUCGGAAUUACUUGGUGAUUUUCGUUAUUUAAUUUAUCGGAAGUGACCUCCAUUUCCAUGCACAUGUUCUUAAUAAUCAGCUCAAUAAAAUUUCACAGCCACUGUCUGUCUGUAGCACAAUGUAAGAUUUUGCCAAGCUUAAUUUAUGUGGAACAGGGUACGGAGCUUUUGUAGAAGUAUUUAACAUGUACAUAUGAAUAAUAAAUACAAUAAAUGCCUCUACUUUAUACUGUAUAUUUAAAACCGCUGACUUUUUCAUCAAAAUCUUAAAUGAAAUUCAGAUUUUUCAUCAGUAUUUGUUUACUGUUUUUCUUAUUUGUUUAAAAAAAAACAGAAAAAAAAGAAGUUUUUUUUAGUUUUUUUUUUUUUGCUUUUGUGUUUUUUUUGUUGUUUUCGUUUAAGGGGUUCAUAAAUAUGUUUCUGUUUCAAAAACCAAACUCAUGAGAUGAGAGUUUUCUACAAUACGUAGGUACCUACAUGUCCAUUGUUGCUAAUUUGGAAUAAUUCUAUAUUAUUGAAAGUCAUGUGUUGUACUAGCGGCAGACAUGAUAUAUACAAGUGUCGCCACAACCAACGCCAGAAUCAUGGUACACGCUAUCAUCUUGUAACAUCUGUUAUGACAUUUCAACUACCUGAUCCUUUAGAUUCCAGUCUCAUUAUAUCGGCAUUUUGUUGUGAGUUGUUUGGCGCCAUACAUUUAUAUCAUUUCCUGCAGAGCUCUGUACUUUCUCACGUUAGUUACGUCGAUAUGUUUUAUGUCGGACCAGCAGAAAUAAGUCAGCGUCUGUAAUUAUCUAGAACUUAAAAAAUGGUUAACACACGAUCUCGUGAUGUCUAUAAUUCAUCGUUAACUUAUUUGAUCACAGUAAUAGCUUUUCUAAUUAACAUCGAUAUUUAUAAAUAAUUAACCUGCAGGCGGAAACACAUUUUACCCAUAAGACCUGUGUCGUCUGCGCUAUUCGAUAUUCAGUCAGAAGUUAUCCCGGGUUUUCCCCUAAAAUGACGAAUGGCUUUGUUCCGAUUGAAAUAUGGGCAAGUCUAUUUAAGAUAUUUAGGGUAUCCAGGAUUACUAAAUAUAUUAGACAUACAAAAUUAUUGUAGAUGUUUUCUUUUAAUUAUGUGAGAUUGGAUUUUUAAUGUAUGUAAAAAAUUUAAAUAUUGACUAACCUUUUUAGAGGUUAUAUACAAAAUGCUGAUUGUAAAAGGUACAGGGUUUUAUUUUGUGAUUAGCUUACAUUAUUUUCUAAAUAUUCUUAAUUCUUUUUUGGUGUGUUAUUAUUUCAAGUUUCUUAUAAAAUAUAUAAAGUCAGUGAAAAGUUAUUCUAUCACAUAUAUAAACACAUAGUCAAUUCUGAAAUACUGGAAAUAUUGUAUCAUGUUGUGUCCUAAAUGUUGAAAAUAUUGACCGUUUUAACUUUAUCGUCUGCUACUGGAACAAGAGUAUUGUUAUUAUAAUACAAGUGUUGAUUGUUACUUACUUAUCAUUAUUUUAAUGUGUAUUGGGAUUUUAUUUGUAUGGUGACAUGGAUUUACUGAACAAUUAAAAUGAUAAAACAGAAA